GCGCUCUUGUACGCGUCAGAGUGGCAUUACUCUCUGGGAACCAGUAUCUCCUUUUUUCAGUCUCUGAGCUUUUUUAAAAAGAGCCAGAAGCUCUAAUGUUGGAUGCCGUGCUAUGACAACAUCACUGCUCCUCCGUCCGCGCUGGGUCGACCCGUCGGUUAUGUUCCUCUACGACAACGGCGUCGGUUCCGAUGAAGUAAGCAAGAACAUGGACGGUUUUCCUGGUGGCAACUUUGCUGCGAACCAGUGUAGGAAUCUGAUGGCGCACCCCGCGUCCCUGGCACCCAGCACGGCUUACUCGUCCAGCGACGUGCCCACCUCCGGAAUGGGCGAGCCAGUGAAGCAGUGCAGCCCCUGCUCUGCAGCUCAGAAUUCAUCCAGCGCGUCCCUGCCUUAUGGGUACUUUGGUAGCGGCUAUUACCCGUGCAGAAUGUCGCAUCACAGCAGCAUAAAGUCGUGCGGAACGCAGCCUCCCUCUGUAUAUGGAGAAAAAUAUAUGGACACCUCUGCCUCAGGCGACGACUUCACCUCUCGGGCAAAGGAAUUCGCUUUUUAUCCAACCUACCCUUCAGGCCCAUACCAACCUGUUCCUAGCUACCUGGACGUUCCUGUGGUGCCAACAAUCAGUGCGCCCUCAGAAGCCAGACACGAGUCCCUGUUGCCCAUGGAGAGCUACCAGCCGUGGACUCUUGCCGCCAACGGCUGGAACGGGCAGGUUUACUGCGCCAAGGAGCAGCCGCAGCCCGGACACAUGUGGAAGUCCUCCAUACCAGACGCGGUGUCCCACUCCGGGGGAGACACAGGCUCUUAUCGACGUGGAAGAAAGAAGCGCGUGCCAUACACCAAGGUGCAACUGAAGGAACUCGAGCGCGAGUACGCUGCCAAUAAAUUUAUCACGAAAGACAAACGGAGGAGGAUAUCGGCCCAGACCAACCUGUCCGAGCGGCAGGUCACGAUAUGGUUUCAAAACAGACGCGUAAAGGAGAAGAAAGUUGUGCACAAAUUGAAAACCAUCAGCUAGUUUUUUUUUUUUAUUAUUAUUUUUACACGGACAAUUAUCUGUGGGAGAUAAACUGACACACACACACACACACACACACACACACACACACACACACCCACACCCACACACACACACACACACACACACACACACACACACACACACACACACACGCGGACUCAUGGAUUGGAACAACACUCCUUCCUGACUGAACAUGAUUUAUUUUUCCGUUGCCAAAUGAUUUCCCGGACCUUCUGGAACAAAAUCUAAGGCCUGUUAAGAAAGGCGGACCCUUCCACUUGUUGUAUAUUGUUUCAGGAGUCAAGUGGUGGGGAAUAAGGGACAACAUAUAUAUGUAUAUAUAUAUAUAUAUGUAUAUGUAUAUGUAUAUGUAUAUGUAUAUGUAUGUAUAUAUAUAUGUAUAUAUAUGCAGUAUGUGUGCUCACUCUUAACACAAGAAAAAAUGACCCCGGCUCAGAACGUUUUGCGCCUCCGAGCUACGCCUUUAUCUGGAACUUUUAACGAGAGCAAUAACGUGAAGAUUCACAGGAAGUGGCGGAUUUGGACCUUGGAAAUGUUAAAUAUUAAUCUCUCCUGGCUUCUUAUUUUAAAACCUGCUCACAUGCUUAGCUUGUAUGAAGUUUUAGUCUUAUCAUAUGAACCCUUGCUCUCAUUCAUAUUCACUCAAUCCAUGUUGCAAUCCCUCUUGUGAUAAUGCUUAGAUAAUCGUUGGGGGAUAUGUGUUCAUAGCGAUCAUAGCUUUUAUAAUGUGUGCGUAUUCAUGUGGUUGUAUAUAAAGUAAAUUCCGGCAUGGUAUCAAGAUAUUUGUGUGAAUCCAAUAUGUCGUUGUUAAAGUCCGCCCAAUUAAAAUAUGGACUUGGUCGAAUUUCAUUUACGUGUUCUUCAUAGUGGAUCUGAGAUAUUAUGAUGGCUCAGCUUUCAGUUUGUAGCAUAUAUUGACAUUUUAGGGGUAAAUUUAAUAUAUUGUGCUCUUUCGUUACUGCUUUACGUCGGCUCCUACCCAUAAGGCCUCCCUACUCUCGCUGCAUGUGGAGUGAAAGCAGAAAUGUUCUAUAAUCAAGGUUUUUUUGAAUGGGUUUUGCUGUAGCCUAUUUUUUGUUUUAUAUUCAUACAGUUUGUAUAAAAAUAUAUAAGAGUGCAAUGUGUGUAGCAGAGCUCUGUUUGACUCUGGGAAAAGAAGAAAUAAGUCAGUGUGACCUGUCGGUUCUAAAAUGUAGGCUGACAUUGCCAUCUAGCGGUGACUUUGUGACAUAAACCAGAUUACAUCAGUGGUUAAAUGCCCCAUUGAAAGCUUGACUGCCUUCUAAAUAACAAUAAUACUUUAGAUAUAUUAAUAUUGAUAGGAAAUAAAAAACAUAUAAUUAUAGUUAAAUUCUACAACAUUUGGAAGGCCUAUGUUUCCAUUUUCUCUGUCUUUGAGUAAAACGACUGCCGCAAAAAAUACUCAGGUGUUGUUGCUUAUUAAUUAUUAUUGUUAUUUUUUAUGCAAACCAAUGUAGAAUAUCACCGCUGACUCACUCCUGUAGAAUAUGUGUGCAGCGAAAUCAACCGCAUAGCCUAAAUAUCACGUUCAUUUAAUGAUAGAGGUCAUGAAGGUAAUCUCGUUUAUUUUUGCCCUCAAGCGAGUUUCGUUGUGAUUUGUUUUGCCAAUAUAAAAGAGAUAAUAUUAUUUUUAUUUUUUUCAGCUAUUGGGUAGGCUACUUUGAAAAGCAACAAGUUUUAAACAGGACUAGAUUGCUAUGCCGUCUUUUGCUGCAUUUUCUCACGGUAGGCAAUUUUCAACGGUGAACAUUGUUCAACGUGGAAAAAAUCAAUUCUGAUAAAAUAAUUGACAAAAGGGUUUGUUGAGUUUCAAUCCCUUAAUGCUGAAUGAGCUUUAUUUAAAGGUAAAGAGGUAACUGGAUUCAAAUGGCAGGAAGUCAGGAAUUAGAUCUGGUUAUAUAGAAAAUAUUGAAAAGCAUUCAGCGGUGUUAUCUGUUAGUCUCCAUCAGGUUUUUUAAAAUACAACUGGACUAAUAGACUACAGCCUACAGACAUAUUACAUGUUUCAUAAACUCAGCCAAGCGAAGCAUUUUUAAUUUGACAUGUCUGUCUUUAAGGGGUUUUUGGACUAAUUAAAAAUAAGAAGCAAAACAGAAAGUUAUCCUGGGACUUAAAAUUCAAAUUAAAUUAAAAUGUCAACGUUCAUCUACAUUAAUGUCUAUUUUCUUAUCACUUUUUGAAAAAUAAAUACUGUAUAAAAUAGGGGUUAAAUAUAAAUGAGGUGUUGUAACUUGUAACCUGAUCACAUUGUUGGCCGUUUUGUCGCGUUGCAAAGACAAAUCUGUAAUUGAAGAAACCA